AUGCCCUACCACCACCCUCCCAUUCCAGUUGAUGGGUCGCAUGUCGACGACCGAGAUUCCACAUAUGACGGGUCGAUUGCAGAGACAAGUGAAUCCCUACGGUCGUCAAUCUUCCACUACGAAUAUGAAAAUGGACGCAGAUAUCAUGCCUUUCGCGAAGGUUCCUAUGCGAUGCCUAACGAUGAAACGGAACAAGCACGCCUCGACCUUCAACAUCACAUCUUCCUCCUUUGCCUCGGCGGCCGAUUACAUCUCGCACCCAUCCGUAACCCGCAGCGAAUACUCGAUGUUGGCACUGGGACUGGUAUCUGGGCGAUCGAAUUCGCAGACGAAUUCCCCAGCGCCGUUGUGAUCGGCACCGACUUGUCGCCCAUCCAGCCGAGCUUUGUCCCGCCGAAUUUGAAAUUUUACGUCGAUGACUUUGAACUCCCGUGGGACUACGAUGAGCAAGAACGUUUUGACUACAUUCACUGGCGCGCACUGAGCGGCAGCACCAACAAUUGGCCACGAUUAUAUAAACAGGCUUACGAGAGCCUCAAGCCUGGCGGCUACAUUGAAGUACACGAAUACGACCCCGUAGUCUACAGCGAGGAUGAUCGGAAUCUUCUAAAGGCCCCCUGGACGAAAGAAUGGCUGAUGCGACUUUGCGAAGCCUCGGCGCGCAACGGAAAACCCAUUGAUGUUGGACGACAUCAGAGGCAGCUCAUGCACGACACUGGUUUUGUCGAUCUGACAGAGAAAAUAGUCAAAGUGCCUAUCGGACAAUGGGCGCGCGACCCGUCACUCAAAGAAAUUGGCGGUUUUGAGCGAUUGCAUGUGAAUGAGUCGGUCGAGGCCCAUUCACUUGCCCUCUUUACGCGUGUCCUGGGCUACAGCUACGACCAAGCCAGCAUCCUAUUUUCGAUGGUGCGUAACGAAUUGAACGAUCGCAGCCUACACUUAUACACCGUGUAUCGAUUCUUAGUUGGUCGCAAACCGGUCGACGCGUAA